UAGAGAUUUCAACGAAAGUACAUUCCUCGUUGCAUGUGCUUUUGAUACUCGAAAGCUUAUUUUUACGUCUUACGCUAAUGCGAAUGAUCCUAAGGAUACUUUGAGAUUUUAAUCCACGUUUUUCUCAUAAUAACCGCCUUUUUCCCUUUGAAUAUUUUUAGUAAUUUCUACCGUUAUCUGCUUCUUUGUUUCAUUAUACAAUAGCUUUGAGACAUAAUGUGGUAUGUACUUCGUUGUAAUAAUAGUUUCAAACGUUCCGUUAUAUUCAGUCGACCGGUGUUCUCUAAGGAACCGAAUAAUAAAAGGGUUUCGAGAAAACCCUUCUCUCGAUAAAUUGAAGAUAAUUUAUAUCAUUUGAAAAGAGUAUCUUGAUAUUUCUCAUAUCGUUCUAAUUAUCUGGAAGAUCUAUCUGAAACAAAGAAAAGAAAAGAAGGGAAAAAAAAAGAAAGGAAUGUAAUCAAGAAAUUUAUAUUAUUAACAACUUUCUAUAUGAUCCUUUAUUCUUUUAUGCACCUUUCAUGUUAUCGCAUGAGAAAAUUGAGAUGAGAUUUGUGAAAAAUAUAUACACCGUAAGUGAAAACAGAUAACACAGGACUGGUUACGAGACGCUUAAAAAAAUUGCCGUUACGCAAAUGAGAAAGAAAAAGAGAGACAACAUUCCAAUCAUCAAGUUUCUGCUGUUCAGCAGUUAUUAACAAUUCCGCGCUCGAUCAACCGUCCUUCGAGAUACUGAGAACUGUUCGUGCAAUGAACGUCGAUCGUUUUCAUAAUGUUAAUAUAGCACGCGAAGAUUUAUCUUAAAAUCCCAUAUAACGCGGGCAUAAAUAAUACAUAUAUAGCAUAUAGUUUACAGUUAUGAAGCAUCGAUAAAUAAUUUGACGCUUCAUUUAUGAAUUCUGUAUAAUUUACUUAGUUCUGAUCGAAGAAUGUACUAUCCGUUAGUCAUAAUCUCGCGAUUCUAUAUACUUACUAAUGUAUCAAUACAAAAAUCAUUCACACUGUGUGGCGAGACUUGGGGCACGAAAAAUGUUUAAUACCAAAGACGUCGGCAAUGGCAAUGAAACAGAUGCCAUACGGGCUCUUUCAGGUCGUCAGUUAUACCUAUAUAUAUAUACAUGCAUACAUACAACCGUUAAACGAGAUGCUGCGAUUCUUUCCUCUCUUCUGCACAUGACACCAUCUUAUGCAAUAUAAAUAAUAUGCAUGCGUGUAAACGUCAUUAUUGGUUACUCCUAUAAUUUUGAGAAUUACCAUAUAUUAUAUAGGUUGUUUAAGGGAAUAUAAGUGGUUUGAGAAUAUCGUUAAAAAAAAAGAAGAUGAAAUGGAAUAAAGAUUGAUAUUUUAUAUUCGAACAACAUAACUGAUUGACGAAUCUUCUGACAGUGAUUAUUACGGAAAAUGAGUUCAGAAGCUUGGGAAUUGGAAAGACGGUACUCAGUACCAGGAGCUUUAGAUACCAGAGGACUCGAACCACCAGCUAGCGAAGAUUUACACGCGUGGUCUAUAUACAGGCAAAACCUUAAUUCUGAUUUCACGGACUCAGCGUUGGGUUCGGCCGAAAAAUCACCGUUGCCGUACGGUAACUUUCAACUUCGAGAUUCAACGGUACAAAGUAUACUAAGACAUCCGAGAUACGGUCCAAAGAGUCCACUUGCCAAUAACUCAUAUACGUACUUGAAAUUUGGUCUACCGCGUGUAUUACCACCAACUUCGCGCAAUCGUGAUGGUUCUAGCGGUUAUGACUCUAGCGAAGAAGGUCGGCGUAUGUCGCAAGUUGGUGCAGCAUCUGCACCAGGAACCUCGGCUAUGCGUUCUGCUAGAAGUGAUCCAGAUUUUAGACACGUACACGCUUUACCUAGGGAACAAGCACACUCUCAACUUACGGUAACUAGGGAUAAUUCACGCUUCAGAAGCGUCAGCGAAGCUAAUUUGCUUCAAAAUGCUGUUACGACUAAUCGACGACAUAGUAUUGCACCCAUUGAUCCCGGUUAUGCAGGACCUAGUCACAAUAUCAUAAGACCUGAGGAUUAUGCAAUGUCAUUGAGAGCUAUACCUUGCAUUCAACAUCCACAUUUACAACUUCGCGGUGUAGAGACUAUAGGCUCGGAUGGUCUACCAUUACUUCGCGGUAUUAAUUUGGAAGUUGGAGCAACUGAGGUAUUAGCUAUAAUGGCCACUACCGAAAAAGAAGGGACACAGAUCGUAGAGACAAUCGCUGGUAAAAAAGCUAUCAAGAAAGGUGAUAUUCUUUUGAAUGGCCGAUCCGUAUCCGCUCGUAUUUUGAGAUCUCGCGUUGCUUACUUACCAACAGAGUGUGGACUAACUCCUGGUCUGACGACGCAACAAACUUUAAAUUUCUACAUGUUGUUAAAAGGAGGAAUUAAUAUUACGACAUUAGAAGCCGAGACAAUACUGUUGGAGCUUGGAUUGGAAGCAACUAAACACUGUCUUGUGAAUACAUUAACGACGUCUGAGGCACGGAGAUUAGCUUUAGCUUGUCGUCUUUUGCAAGAUUCGCAUAUCCUUACAUUAGACAGACCUACGCAUGGUUUGGAUAUUUUCGAUGCUUUUUUCUUGGUAGAAUAUUUAAGACAAUGGGCUGGAAGAGAGCAGAGAAUUGUUAUUUUAACAUUACACCCACCAACUUAUGAAAUAUUAACAAUGGUAUCCAGAGUUACCCUCACUUCGGGAGGUAGAAUUAUGUAUUCUGGACUUAGAAGAGAUAUGUUGCCAUAUUUUGCACUUGCCGAAUUUCCCUGUCCUUCCUUCAAAAAUCCGUCCGAUUAUUAUCUUGAUUUGGUAACUUUGGACGAUCUAUCGGCAGAGGCAAUGUUAGAAUCCUCACAAAGAAUAGACCAUUUAGCAGAAUUAGCUAGAACUAGAUUACCAGCUUUAAGUGAUCCUGGACCACCUUGUCCACUGCCACCAGCUAUUUCUAGUGCUAAUGUAUUUGUACAUAUUUAUGCUUUGUUAUUGAGGAUUCUUAUCUACAGUCAACCUCUAACAAUGACAAAAAUGCUUCAGAAGAUUGUUAUUUCAGCAUCUCUCAGUAUUUUAUUGGGUGCAAUAUUUUGGAACGUUGCUAGAGAUUCUAAUCUAUAUUUGAGAGAUAGAAUAGGCUUUCAUUAUGCCAGUUUGGGUAUUUUUUGCUGGCCUCUUAGUAUUUUAGCUAUACGUGAAGUCGCUAAUUGUAGACCAAAUGUAGAAAGAGAUAUCAGAGAUGGGCUCUAUGGAAGAUUUAUUUAUAUCUUUAUAGAGCUAUGUUGUGGUUUACCAAUUUGGUGUCUGGUAUAUUUAGUAUACUUAGCACCAGCAUUUGCAAUGUGUGGAUUACAUCUAGUACCUGAUGAAAACUUAACAUCUUUAUGGAACUACCUUGCUAUUGGUUUAUUAUACCUGAUGUUACAGCACUUGAUAUGCAUACUUUUUGCUCAUAUAUGCAGAUGGACAUAUCUUGCAGCUUUAUGUUCUGCUAUUAUAAUUGGUGAAUUAAGUUUGGCUGCUGGAGUGACAUUACACUUAGAGAAUUUACCGUUGUGGUAUAGACAAAUUAGUCCCAUGCGAUGGGCAUUAUCUUUAUUACUUCCUCCUCUUCAUGGGCCAGAAAGUAUGAGCAAAUUAACCAACUGUAAACCUAAGCAAGUUCUGCGCCAAGAUAUUAUUUUUCAAAAUACGUGUGAACCAUCGGAUGGUAGUUUGGCGUUGCUUGAAAUAGCAUUCGAUAAAUUUGAUCUACAAAUAGAAUUAUGGAUGGGUGUAGGAGUAGCUAUACUUAUUGUACUUAUUAUGUUGGUAUUUUUAAGUAUUAAGUAUAAUACUUUAAAACGACCUCGAAGUGCACCGAAUAAACCUUGAGAGACAUUAAUCAUAUAUCAAAUGGUACCAGUGAUUUACCUAAUUGUCAUCUACCUCGGUGUAAUCUUUUAAAAAUGACAGAUCUUGAUAGAAAAAAAAUAUAAAAUGUAACAAGACACUUGCUACAAUUGUAAUUAUGACCAAAUACGGUCAAAAAAAUACGCUUAAUGAAAAACUAUAUUUUUAAGUUUAUAAUCACAUUAAUAAACUAUUAAAUUGUUUUU